CAGCAGCCCUCGCGGUAGAGUCACCAGCGUCUUUCAGUGCAAACGGAGGAUGGCGUCCGCUACCCGCUUCAUCCAGCGGCUGCGGAACUGGGCAUCUGGGCACGAUUUGCAGGCGAAGUUGCAGCUGCGCUACCAGGAGAUCUCCAAGCGAACUCAGCCUCCUCCCAAGCUCCCUGUGGGCCCCAGCCACAAGCUCUCCAGCAACUACUACUGCACCCGUGAUGGCCGCCGGGAAACCUUGCCACCUUCAAUCGUCAUGUCCUCACAGAAGGUAUUGGCGUCAGGCAAGCCUGCAGAGAGCUCGGCUGCAGCUGCCACAGGGAAGAAGGCUGUGUCCCCAGCUCCUCCCAUGAAGAGGUGGGAACUGUCCAAGGACCAGCCUUACCUGUGACUCUGCCCCCGCCCCACCUGGAGCACCUGGCUGGGCCCUCAGGGCCACCUGACUGCUUCCCCUCCUUGUAUUCCUUCCGGGGAGAAUGCGACCUAAUUUAUGACAAAUACACCUAGCUCUCCAGUAUCA